ACUCCUUCAAAGAAAGCUGUAAGCAUCUACUUAUCAGGCAAUAAUUUCUGAAAUUAUUCUUCAUUAUCACGGAAGAGAAGCAAAAAAAGUUCAAACGAGAAAUAAUUUUCAUUUAUCUGCUCAAAAUAACUUAUCCUAACGCGAAAAUCGAUUUUUCUGUUGAAUUUUUUUUAAAUAAUUCAUUUUAAAUUGCUUUGUAAAAAUGAACUAUACUCAGUUUUGUAUGGAAAAAAAAACUAAUAAUUUUUAUGCUAUCUAGAUGUCUUUCUCCUUAGUAUAAAUAAACCGCAUUUUCUGUGAGCAACAUGGUGAAAAAUAAGUCUUUCUCUUGUAAUUUAUGUAGCAAAGUUUUUUCGAAUAAAAGUUGUUUAUCUGUGCAUAAUUUGGUUCAUACAAAAGAAAAGCAAAAUUUUCCCUGUGUACAUAAAAAAAAUAUUGGACUAGAAAUCAGUGUUGAUCAACACAAUGAUAUCCUAACUAGUGAAGGAUCUGAGACAUGGGAUCAAAACUGUUCAAUGAAGUGUUGUUUAAACUCUCCUCACAAAGAGAAGCCAUAUUCUUGUGAUAUGUGCAAUAAAAGUUUUGCACAAAAAUUUAACUUAAUUAGACAUAAACUUGUACAUUCUAAAGAAAAACUCUUUUCUUGCAUUAUUUGUAACAAAAGUUUUUCACUUAAGAUGAAUUUAUCUAGGCAUCUUCUUGUUCAUACUGGAGAAAAACCUUAUUCUUGCAUGAAAUGCAAUAAAGGCUUCACAACUCCUUCUCAUUUAAGGAGACACAAAAUUGUUCACACACAAGUCAAAACAUAUUCUUGCACUGUAUGUUCUAAAAGAUUUUCUCUAAAGGGAAAUUUAACUAGACAUUAUAAAUCUCAUGCCAAAGAAAAACCUUAUUCUUGUGAUUUAUGUGGUAAAUGCUUCUCGACCAGCAGCUAUUUACCUGAACAUAUGCUUGUACACUCAAAAGAAAAACCUUAUUCUUGCUCUGUUUGUAAUAAAAGUUUUUCCUUACAACGUAAUCUAAAAAGGCAUAGAUUUGUACACAAUAUGAAUGAAAGACCUCAUUUAUGUAAGCUGUGUAAUAAAAGUUUUUCUACAAGUUAUGAUCUGAAAAGACAUGGGCUUGUUCACUCUAAAGAAAACAAGGUAGAUGUUACAUUUAUGUCCUCGUCAUAACUAAAAAUGAUUAAAAAGCUACUUAAAAUAAAGGCCAUUGCAAUAGCCUUUUGUCUCGAUUGGUUUCACAGAGGUUACGAUUCUACAAUUUAGAGAACAGCAUAGUUUCAAAGAUGUAGUCAAGCAGGAUGUUGAUAUUUGCAUAAGCAGAGAGUGAUAAAAGUUGCAAAGUUUAGAAGACAGGAAAAAUUUUUAGGAGCCAGCUUCUAGAACUACUGUGACUUUAUCUCAUUUGCUGCAAAAUAGAAAACUAGCAUUUCAUCCCCAUAAUUGACAAUUUUUUUUUUAUGGGUCAUAUCUGUCUCAUUUUUGCAGUAAAGAAGUUAAAUAUCAAUAUAAAAAAUCAAAUGGAACAAAAAUUUUAUAGCAAUAAGUCUUUUGAACUAUAAUAAUUGUUAUAAUUUAACAAAACAAACAAUGAAAAAAAAUACUAAAGCAGUAGGUAAAUUCAUAUUUCCUUUAAUAUAAACAUUUACUUGGAUAUAUAUAAGGUUCGCUCUAAAUGGCGACAAUUUGUUUGGAGUAAUUUUUUAAUAAUUAUUUUAAUGUUUGGAAUAAAAAUAAAUUUUAGCAUUGAAUUCCAUGCAAAAAAAAAUAAUUGCUGUAAUUUUAUUGUUCUACAUGUAGUAUGGAAUUCAAUUGUGUGGUAUUCAAAUGAAAUAACUGAAAGUGUCUGGUACAAAAAAAUUUUAUAUUAAAUGCUGAAAUUUCAAAUUUAUAUCUUGUCCUGUGCUUUGCGUUCUUGUACUGAUAGUAUAAUUGUCCGUCAAUUAAAUAUUUUUUGCUUUUUUAGAAUUAACUUUAUUUAAAAUUUUAUAAUUUUUAGAAUAAUAUUUUGUUAUUUAUCUGGUCUUAGCAUUUUAGUCACCAUGUUGAAUCUGUUUAUUAAUAUUAUUUUACCUUUUUUCACUUAAUUUUGAAAAAAAUCUUAAACUUUAAUCAUUAUGGAAUAAUGAAGCAAAAUGGAUUUUAGGUGUUAUGGAUGGCAAUAAAUAAAUUUUGAUAUGUACCAUAACAUGAAUGAUGUAAUUGUGAAGUUCAGUUUUUUUCUUAAGUUUUUAGACCACUAAAUGAAUAUCUAGGUGGUCCUAUUGGACCACUAGAUUUUCAUUGCUCGUGUGAAGUGUAGAUUUAUACAUUAACAUUGCAUUUCAGUUUCAGCAUUAAAAUAUUAUUUAUCAAUUAAUACAAUUUUUUCACAAAAAAAGAAAUCAAUUUUGACUUUUUUUCCUGAUGAAUCCUGCUUAUAACAGUUAAAACAAAAGUAGCAUAAUAAUUUGUUAAAGAAGCUGAGUGCCAAGGAAAUAUUUCUAGUUACUUGGGCAACCUAGAGACCGGGAUUUGUUGAUCCUUGUGCACAAGCUACCACUUUUCCCAGGAAAAAUUGCUUCUAUUGAUCCAAAGCUGAAUAAGAGGUCACACCACCAUUCUGAACUGUUCCAAUUCCCUUAAUAUAUCUGACAAAUAUUGAAAAUUUUUAUUGAUUGCCCUUGCCCAUACUAAAAAACCUUACUCAUGUGUCUAAUGCAAUAAAAAAUUUAGUAUUAAAAGUAAUCUAAAUAUGCGUAUGAGAGUUCACACUAAAGAAUAGCUAAAUUCUUAUGACUUGUGCAAUUAAGACUUUUCUUAAAGGACUACCAAGAAAAUACAUUUGUUCAUUCAAAUGAAAAUCUUACUCCUAUGAAUCAUCGUUAGAUAAUAAAGACACACAUCGUGCAUGGAUACCUUGGCAGAGAUUCUCAAAUUUUGUGGGUACUUUUUUCAUAUUUUUUGUAAUAUAAAAAAAAAAGUAUCCACAAAACAAAAAAAAAACUUUGUGGGAAGAAGAAAAAUAAGCACAUGACUACAUAAUCAUAAUUCAUGCAAGAUAAAAGAAGAUUGUUUAGUUGUAUAUGUGCUACUACCGAAGAAAAAGAUAAAACUGAUCAUUUAGCCCAAAAAAAAGUUAUCCCAUCGUUAGCGGGCGAGCAAACAACUUGAUAUGACUGUCACUUUACACAAAAAUAAACAAUUACAGUUACAGUAGGAAACUUUUUAAUGUAAUUUCGUUUGUUUAUAAAAAUGAAACAUAGUUGGCCAAGUUUGACACAAAAGUUAAAUAUUGAUUUCACUUUAAAGAAUUUUGGGUGCAAAAUUAUUCAUAUUACUUAAUUCUUAAUCCGAUAAUAAUUACUUAUCACUGAACAUACCAAUAUUUUACAAUACAAUACAGUACAACAUACUAUAACCAGUACAGCUAUGGUAUGUUUAGUGUUAAUAUAAUUGCAAUUCUUUAAUUUUAUUUUUGUUUAUAGUAUUUAUUUUAAUAAUCCUGUAGUGUCUGCAGAUGCUAAUUUUUUUCUAUUUUACUAUGACGUGAAUGAAACACCAAAGCAUAUUCAUCUAAGCCUUUUCUGAAUAUGAAGUUCACAGUAAAGAAAAGCCACUUUCAGAGUUAGCACAGUACUUACCAUGUUAUUAAAUAUUUACUGUUAUAAUUGUUUCCAUUUAAGCAUAUGUAAACAAGAAAAUUAAGAGCAAAAUUAUUUCAAAAAGCUAGAUUAAAAUAGUGUUUCAUGUUUUAGAAAAAAAAUUCCAGAGUUGAAUAAAAAUUGAAGCAUGAAUAUUCGAAUGGUUGUAAGUGCCAAACAUUUCAAUUCAUUGUAAGAAAUCAAUAAUUUUUAUAUAUUUUAAACUAAACUCAGUGACGCGACAGCACAAGGAGGGCCAAGGUCUACGGGACAUGUCCCAGUUUUCUUAACUUUCUGUGGUCAGCCGAACAUAGAACCCCCAGUGUUCAAUCCCAAGCAUGCUUCCUACUAAUUUAAACCUCUAAAAUUGACCCACUAAAGGGAUGAAAAACUCAGUUUGUAUAUUUACUUUUCUGUAUUGCACAUUUAAUUACUCUCUAACAUACCUUAUUCGUGAAUAGACUUUUUUUUUUGUAUUUUUGGGAAUCAAUAUUAUCAUUUUAUACACUUAUAUAAAAUUUUCUUCUAAUACUUAGCUGGUUUUCAAAAAUCCUGAGCUUAUUGAACUUUUUUAUUUUAAAUCUUUAUUUUUUCUUUUCUUUAAAAACUAUAAAAUGUAAUUAAAAAGUUUUAUUUCUAAAUUUAAAAAUGAGAUUUCAUUUUAUCAAAACAACUGUUAAAACUUACCUCAUCAUAUGUCUCACAAUAACCAUUAUAUCAUUGUAGCUCCACAAUACAUGAAACCUAAUUACUAGUCUAAAAUUCCGAAUGUUUAUUUUUGAUGGUUUAGAAAAAAAUUUAAAUUCAUUAUCUGUAAAUUAAUUAGAUGUAAAUUGUAAUUGUUGUUAAAAGUUUCAAGAAAAUGUAGGCAUCUUAUUGUAAAGUGAAUAAAUCUGUUUGACUAUCAGA